GCCAAAACCAGCGCAUCCAGUACAAUUAGAGAACCAUAAAAGGCAAACACAUUAAAGGACCUUAACUUUGUUGGCGUCCAGAAAAAGGAAGAGAUCAGUGGCCCCGCAGCAGAGAAGUCUUCCUGGAAAAGGAUGGAAAAGCAGAUGUGAAGUCCCUCAUGGCGAAAUUUAACACAGGGGGCAACCCAACAGAGGAGGUGGCAGUCAAUAGCCGGCCCUUCAAAGUCACAGGACAAAACUCACCUUCAGGAAUACAAGCAAAAAAGAACUUGUUCAACAACCAAGGAAAUGCCAGCCCUCCUCCUACAGGACCCAACAAUGUACCUAAGUUUGGGUCCCUAAAGCCACCGUUGGCGGUGAAACCAUCUUCUGAGGAAAAGCCUGACAAGGAACCCAAACCCCCAUUUCUAAAGCCAACUGGAGCGGGCCAAAGAUUUGGAACCCCGGCAACCUCAGCCCCCAGAGACCCUGAGGUGAAACCAGGAUUUCUGAAGCCUGUAGGCCCCAAGCCCAUCACUUUGCCCAAAGAAGAUUCCAAACCUGUGUUUCCCUGGCCUCCUGGAAAUAAACCAUCACUUCACAGUGCAAACCAAGACCAUGACUUAAAGACACCAGGCCCGAAACCUGGACCUGCUCCUCCAGACCCAGAAAAUGAACAGAAGCAAGCAUUCCCGAAGUUGGCUGGGGUGAAAGGCAAAUUUAUGUCAUUAUCACAAGAUCUUGACCCCAAACCCCUGUUUCCCAAACCUGCCUUCGGCCAGAAGCCAUCUCUGAGUACCGAGGACUCCCAUGAGGGUGAGAGCCCUACUAAGAAUUCAUCUCUACAGAAAGGCACCCCAGCUCCUCUGGGAGCGAGGUCCAAAGGUGGCCCUUUAAAACCAGCAAAGGAAGACCCAGAAAAAAAAGACCACACUGGUGAUACGUCAAGUUCACCUUUUCCUGGAGUGGUUCUGAAACCCACUGGGAUUAGAGGAGGCCCAGGCCUCUCCAAAAAUGGUGAAGAAAAAAAAGAAGAUAGGAAGAUAGAUGCUGCUAAGAAUAUCUUUCUCAGCAAAAUGAAUCUGGAAGAGUCUACCUCUGGGGCUCCUCCCGCCAAGUUCCCAAAGGCCCCUUCUAAGCUGACUAUGGGGGGGCCGUGGGGCCAAAGUCAGGAGAAGGAAAAGGGAGACAAGAAUUCAGCCACUCCAAAGCAGAAGCCAUUGCCUCCCUUGUUUACUUUGGAUCCACCUCCACAAAAGCCCAGCAGACCACCAAAUGUUGACCUGUCGAAAUUCCGAAAAACCACUUCUGGAAACAGUACCAGCAAAGACCACACGUCUUACUCAACAACUUCUCUGCCGCCGCCUCCAUCAUCCCAUCCGGUCAGCCAGCCACCCUUGCCAGCAUCUCACCCAACACAACCACCGGCCCCAAGCCUACCGCCCAGAAACAUUAAACCUCCACUUGACCUAAAAAGCCCUGUAAAUGAAGAAAAUCAGGAUGGUGUAAUGCACGCUGAUGGUACUGGAAAUCUAGACGAGGAACAAGAAAGUGAAGGAGAAACAUACGAAGACAUAGAAGCAUCCAAAGAACGAGAGAAGAAGAGAGAAAAAGAGGAAAAGAAGAGAUUGGAGUUGGAGAAAAAGGAACAGAAAGAGAAAGAAAAGAAAGAACAAGAAAUAAAGAAGAAAUUUAAACUAACAGGCCCUAUUCAAGUCAUCCACCAAGCAAAAGCUUGCUGUGAUGUCAAAGGAGGAAAGAACGAACUGAGCUUUAAGCAAGGAGAGCAAAUUGAAAUAAUCCGCAUCACAGACAACCCUGAAGGAAAAUGGUUGGGCAGAACAGCAAAGGGGUCAUAUGGCUAUAUUAAAACAACUGCCGUAGAGAUCGACUACUAUUCUUUGAAACGGAAACAAACCACACUCGGUGCUCUCUCAAUACCUACCGAAGAUGACCAGGAAGUGUACGAUGAUGUCGCAGAACAGGACAACGUUAGCAGCCACAGUCAGAGUGGAAGUGGAGAUGCACCUGUAAAUAUAAAGAAUCUGAAUGUCCAUGCAAUGUCUUCACAUACCACUAAUUACUACAUUCUGAUCAAUGCCUGCAUGCUCCAAAGCUCCACGCUACAGGUUGAAGAGAAGAGUAACACGUGGUCCUGGGGGAUUUUGAAGAUGUUAAAGGGGAAAGAUGACAAAAAGAAAAGUAUACGAGAGAAACCUAAAGUCUCUGAGUCAGACAAUAAUGAAGGUUCAUCUUUCCCCCCUCCUCCUAAACAAUUGGACAUGGGAGAUGAAGUUUAUGAUGAUGUGGAUACCUCUGAUUUCCCUGCUCCAUCAGCAGAGAUGAGUCAAGGAAUCAAUAUUGGAAAGGCUAAGACAGAAGAAAAAGACCCCAAGAAGCUAAAAAAGCAAGAAAAGGAAGAAAAAGACUUCAGGAAAAAAUUUAAAUAUGAUGGUGAAAUUAGAGUCCUCUAUUCAACCAAAGUUGCAUUGUCCUUAACUUCUAAAAAGUGGGGCACCAGAGAUCUACCAGUAAAACCUGGCGAAUCUCUUGAAGUUAUACAAAACACAGAUGAAACAAAAGUUCUCUGCAGAAACGAAGAAGGAAAAUAUGGGUAUGUCCUUCGGAGUCAUCUGGUAGACAAUGAUGGAGAUGACGGAGAGAUCUAUGAUGACAUUGCUGAUGGUUGCAUCUAUGACAAUGACUAGCACUCAGCUUUGGUCAUUCUGCUAUAUUCCUUAGUUGCCAAUAUGAAGUCUGGGUUUUAACUGGCACGUUAUUGGGUAUCACAGAAAAUGAGUGCACAAAACUACUUACUGCCAUUUGUCAUGAAAUCCCUAUUAUAUUUGUAAACUUUUGAAAAUUUGGACAUAGAAAAUGAUCUGUCUGUUUCAUCAGUGUCUCAGAAGACUAUAUUAAUGAGAUAUAAAGAAUUAUUGAAUACCCCAUUCUGCUUUGGCUACAAUUAUGAAGACACCUCUUUUAGAUCAUCAGUAAACAAUUCCCCCUACUCAAAAAAAAAAAAAAAAGAGGAAAUUUGUUCAAGAAGAAAUGACUAUCCUGUCUGAAACAAACAUAAGGAAGAAGAAUAAAGAAUAUAAGGAAGAGAAAUUUAAAACACUUUACAAAAAGGAAAACUAUUGUUUAUACCUCUAAUUGUGAUUACUUCUUAUAU